AUGACACUCCCAGAAUCGCCUGCCCCGAGUUCUGCUCGAAUCCGCAUCCGAUUUGUUUCGUUCAACAUCCGCUACGCUACCAAGAACCCUGUUCCCGGAGAGCAACCAUGGACUAACCGUCGGCCAAGGCUUUGUGCUCAACUAAACUUCCUUACCUCUGGUCAUGACUCAACGUUCCUCUGCCUCCAAGAAGUCCUUUACUCACAACUUCUCGAUAUCCAGGAUUAUCUCGGACCGUCAUGGACUCAUAUUGGCCGGGGCCGAGAAGACGGCAAACUCGCUGGCGAGUUCUCACCCAUCUUUUUCCGAGUGGACCAAUGGGACUGUGAAGACUGGAAGACAUAUUGGCUUUCCGAAACUCCAGAAAAGCCGUCAGUCGGUUGGGACGCUGUUUUGGAGAGGAUUGUGACCGUUGGAUCAUUCCGUCACAAGACGACAGGCAAAUCGGUUAUUGUCAUGAGCACUCAUUUUGACCACCGAGGACAGAUUGCAAGGGAAGAAAGCUCCAAGCUUAUUCUUAAGCUGGCCUCCGAAUGGAGAAAGAUGAAUCGAGACUCUGAUCCUCCGUUGGUGCUGGGCGGCGACCUCAACAGUACCCCAACAGACCGGGCAUACAAGACGUUGACUUCCUCGGACCCAGGACUUCAAGACACAUCUGCAGUCUUCCCGGAUGAACUAAAGUACGGCAACCGCAAAAUCACAUACACGUCUUUUGGCGAGCCGGACGAGCAGCCAAAGACAAUCGAUUUCCUCUUUGUCCAGAGACCGCCAACCCUCAAACUGCUGUUGUUUGGAAUUCUCUCAAACAAAUUUGAUGAUGGUGUCUUCCUGUCCGACCACCGACCUGUCUUUUUGGACGUGGAGGUGUGA